AUGGUGCUUCUGUCUGGAACUAGGAGUACAGUGGGGGAGAGCAGAGGAGCUAAAGGAAAACAAGAACUUCAACCUACAGGAGAUGGAGGAUCUGGUAGCUGCCUAGAGGAUGUUGCUGAACUAGAGGAGGAUGUAGAAUCUCUUGAUAUUCCUGGUCAUGGUAAUAUUACAUGGAGGGGCGCUGGAGACCCCCUGCCACAUCUUCUUGCAGUUGUUCCCAAAUUGGAAACUUCUGCCAGUAAAUCUGGUGGGGAUUUAGAUGAAGAAAUUGAAGAAUAUGAUAGCUUCUCUGAACUACCAGACACAAAAAGUAUUGCAUCUGAUGACUCUUUUUACCCACCUGAUAUUGAAGUCCGAGGUAGAUGGUUUCAGGGUGAAGAAGGGGAAGAUGAAGACGAAUAUGAAAGUGCAGAUUUUGAUAGUGAAAGCUUCCAGAGCUGGGGAAGCUCAGAUAGCCCAGAACCUCUCACUCUAUUCAAGGCCUGCAGUGGAAAUAAUAUUAUUAUUUUGAAAGCCCUUAUGCGACAAGGCCUGUCUGCAGAAGAGGUUGGAGAAACAGAUAGGAACAAUAGGACUGGACUACUCAUUGCAUGCUAUCAAGGAUAUGUGGAUAUCGUAAUAGCCUUAUCCCAGUGCCCACAUAUUGAUGUGAACUGGCAGGACAAUGAGGGUAAUACAGCUCUAAUCACCGCUGCACAAGCAGGACAUAUAACCAUAACAAAUUAUUUGCUGAAUUAUUACCCUGGUUUGGAUCUGGAGAAGCGAAAUGUCCAUGGUUUCACAGCAUUAAUGAAGGCAUCAAUACAAGGCAGAACAGACUGUGUCAGAGCCUUAAUGCUAGCAGGGGCGGAUAUCAAUGCAGUAGAUCCCAGUCGGGGAUACACUUCUAGAGAAUGGGCAAGAUUUACAGGAAGAUAUGAUACCGCAUUUCUAAUGCAAAAAUUGAUGGACAGGCCUUCUCCUGAACAAUUCAGCGAUCAGUUUAUGUUGGAAUGGCCUAGGAUGAAAGAGCUUCUUGCCAAAUCUGCAGCGCCAAAAUCAUGCUCACAGCGAAUAACAGAUUGUAUAAAAUCAGUAUUUACAUUAAAUUAUUAUAAGGAUCCAGAGGAAGAUGGCGUCAUUGAUUACAUGGUCAGAAUAACUACAGGCAUACAGAGUCCAUUUGUUGCUGUUGCAUGUAAAACAGUGUGUCCAGGAAGUCCUCCAUGUGUAGGAAAACGUAGAUAUUCCGUACAAGAGAUCCUUAAGAAACAGAGAGUUGAGGAACUGAAAACUGUAGAUAAAGAUCACACAAAGAGUUAUGAAAAACUUUUUCAAAGCUCUCGAGUUACUGUGGUUCCAAAAAAGAAAGAGAGAAGAGCGAGCCUUCAAACACAUUUAUCUCAGAGAACUAGUGUAGUUCAGACCAGGAGAUCCAGCCUUCUUCCUCUCAAUUUGCUAAGAAGAAGUAGUGUGAGGCCUGGUUAUCCCAUUCCAAAAAUUCGAAUUAAUAAAGCCCCAGCGCCCACAUAUCACCCUGAAAAAAAUAGGAGGAAAAGUGCUGACCCAGGCAACGUGUACUUGCAAAUCCCAAAAUGGAGGUACAAAGAAAUAAAAGAACAAAGAAAGAAAGCAGAAGAAGAAGCUUUGCGUAAAGCUGAAGAAGCUGAAAAGAAGAAGAGACAACAACAGCAAACUCCAGCAAAAAGAUGAACUAUACCUGAUGUUUUUAGUUGAAAAGCUGAAUAAUUUUCUAAAUUCUAGAUACAUUUAGUGAUUUCUGUUAUUGGGGAGUGUGUGGCAGAAAAUACAGCAUGUUAGUAAACCACACAAAGUGCAUCUAUAUUUAAAAAAAAAGUGUUUGUAAUAUUUGUAUACAUUUUAAAAAAUCUUUUUCUUUAAUUAGAAAUCUUUUAGACAUUUUAUAUUAUUUUUGGGUACUAAACUAAAACUUUAUGCUUAAAGGGCCACUAAACCCAAAAUCUUUCUUUCAUGAUUCAGAUAGAACAUACAAAU